AUGUCGCUCCCAGGGUUAGGCCUCACCCAGCCCUCCGAAGAAAGGACACCUGCAGUAGUCCCGCCUUCGCAGAUCGUCCUGAACCCGGGGACCGAGUGGCGGUUCGAGGUGGCAUUCGGUCACAGAAUCAAGGUAAAGCUUCUUUCUGGAACAGCCGAGCUCUUUGGGACCGAGCUUGCGGAAUUACAAACGUACACCUUCACCGGCACCAAAGCGGCAAUCUUUACAUGGCAUGGCUGCGAGAUCGAAGUGAGCCCAAGCGACACCGGCGUGAAUCCUACGGAUAAUACUACAAGCUUGGCUGGUCAGGGCGCUGGUGGCUGUCAGAUUGAAUACAUCGCCGAGGAAACCCCGAUGGUCGAAUAUGCCAACUUGCACUUUGCACUGGAGACAAUGCGCGAGGAGGCUCAAGAAUCCGGGAAGGAUGGGCCUCGGGUCCUACUAUUAGGCCCUGAGAACGCGGGUAAGACGAGUCUGGCGAAAAUCUUGACCUCUUACGCGACGAAGAUUGGGAGACAGCCGCUUGUGGUGAAUUUGGACCCCACUGAGGCCAUGCUCAGUGUUCCUGGAACGUUGACGGCUACUGCCUUCCGCACAAUGCUGGACAUUGAGGAGGGUUGGGGCAGCAGUCCCAUGUCUGGGCCUAGCCCUGUGCCGGUGAAGUUGCCGCUGGUCUACAGCUACCCAUUGCCGACGCUUUCAACCAUGGGGCGAAUGGCGGAGGACGAGGAUGCCCGCGAAACGGGGAUUAUCGUCGACACCCCUGGACUUCUCAGCACUGGGAAGCCGGGGAGUCUGGAACUCAUCAAUCACAUUGUUACUGAGUUCGCUAUUACCACAAUUGUUGUCCUGGGAUCUGAGAGACUGUACAGUACCAUGGUCAAGCAAUACGAUAAUAAACUGAGCUCGAGCUCUACCGCAGCGGCCUUUGACGAACACGUCUCUGUGCUCAAGCUCUCUAAAUCCGGGGGCUGUGUUGAUCGUGACGCAGCUUUCCUAAAGGCAACCCGCGAAGGACAAAUCCGUAAUUACUUCUUCGGCGACACAAACCCAACAUCCGGAACAAUGGCCCCGACCACCGUCACUCUUUCCCCUCACGCCCAGCAGCUUGAUUUUGCUUCCCUGCCUCUCUACAGCUAUACAGUCACCUCCACUGCAGACGAAGAUGACGACGAUUAUGACCCCUCUCAACUCAACACAAGCGACUCCUUCCUACCAGGUGGUGGCGCAGACAACUUCUCCCAGGCCUCUCACGACCAUGAUCGUGCGGUGCCGCUUCCUGGUAUCGUUGGCUUGUCAAACGACGCAUCUACAUCGACUGGGACCCCGACACCGUCCAGCAAUGUUCCACUUAAGAAGGUCCUUCCUCCUGCACCUUCCAUGCUUGCCAACACUCUUCUCGCCAUAACGCAUGCCUCGUCUACGGCUUCGCCUGCUGAUAUCCGUGAUGCCAGUAUCAUGGGCUUCCUUUACGUGGCAGAUGUCGAUGUCGAGAAAGGAAAAGUCCGGGUCUUAGCUCCGGUGGGCGGACGAAUGCCCUCCAGGGCCGUUGUUUGGGCUAAGCGUUGGCCUGGCGAGGUCGUCGGUCUGGUGGGUUGA